CUGAUGACCAAGAUCCUCUGCAUAACCUUGAAAAAGGUUAGAGCUGCAUCCCUCACAAGGCAGUCGGAGCAACUGAGUGAGGACCCACCUUCGCCCUUCCAGGACUCAGCUGUUUCCUUGGCUGCACAGCGUGGACUAGAGACAGAGAGUACACAUUCACCAAGCCCAACCCCUGCAGAUAUGAAGGAAGUGACCGAGUUGCCUGCUGCGCCUCAACCUGCUGGUGUUCAGCCAGUAAAGCGAAAGACGUCCAUGGAUAGUGGAAACACACCAAUAGAGCAGGUCCUGAGGGCAGCCGCUGCUAACCCGAGGUUCUCAGACUGCCCUCCAGAGCACACGGACAAGAUAGCAGAGUCCCCGGCACAGAACCGUUCGUUCAUGCAGCGAAUGAGGCUGAUUGUCAUCAACCCGAGCACUCGACUCCGGCUCAUGACAAUCGAGCACGUUAGGGUGCAACGCGACCUGCGGUGCGAAGUCCUGAUAUCAUGUGACGUCACGGUGUCAACAACGCUAAUAAAUCUAGAGACGUUCUAA